CUAGAGUCAAAGAAAGGAAAAGGACCAAAAGAUAUCCAGUAUCUAGAUUUCGUCAAAAAGACUAUGAGAAGGACAAGUAUUGCAGCAAAGCAAGGUGUGAAAUGUGAAUGUCACAACACAAAGCAAAUCAAAAUCAAAAGAAACCAAAUAUGCUUCCACUAAAGCUGGUUCGUUCUUUGAUCUUAGGUGAAACCAUCAACAACAACCCUCACUUUCUAAACCAAAAUCACCAUCAACAUGAACAAGAAUCAUCAUCCAAUGAAACAACAAAAACAAGAACAAGAAGAAGAAGAAGAAAAACAAGAUUAAAAAAAAGACCAGGUCUUUUGUUUCUCCCAACAAAAGAAAUCAUAACAAACACAUAUAAACUUGCAACCAUUGCAAGAGAUUUAGGAAUGAAUUUACAUCCAACACCAUCACUUUCUCACAUCAUUUUCUCAAACUCAUCUUCAACACCAUCAACAUCUUCUUCUUCACCUUCAACACCAUCUACUUCUUCUUUCUCUGUCUCUUCAGCUUCUUAUUCUCUCUUAAACGACGCCGUUCCUAUUCCUUUUCCUUCUUUCGCUACAGCGCCAUUGACCCAUCUUCGUUUUUUUGUUACCCUUUUCCCACGCGCCUUCAAGCUUGUUCUUUUCAGCUCCGAUGGAGAUUCUGACGCUGUUGGGUCAUGUGGUGGAGGUGUCAGUAACUGGGAUUGUGGUUCUGUUUCUCUCUGUUCUCGGGUCACCGGAAACCGGGUUGAUACUAUGGACGAGUUUUGCCGGAUUCUUGCAGGGAAAGGUUGGACCUUUUUUAAAACCAAAGAAAACCCUUCGGUGGAUUAUCACGGCGGUGGAGGUGGUGGCAAUGGUGGUGGUGUUUAUCUUUUUAGGAAGGUGGAUGUGAACCGGGUUCGGGUGGGUCGGGUUGGAACACCUGAUGGAGCAUGCAGAAUGAGGGAGCUGAGAUUGCCCUAUUUGGAUUUUGAAAAUGCUCCUUUGAGGAUUUUGCAGUAUAUUUUGUUGAUGACUGAUGAUAUAUUCUGUUUGGCAUGAAAAUAAUUUGGAGUGUUGAAAUGCAAAUGAUGAUUUAAUGGAAGGGUCAAAGUGAUUCAUUCAAUCUCUUAACUUCAUCAUCUAUGUGUUGUAUUGGAUUCAUAAGAUGGUGAAGGAUUUUCCAUGGAGAGAGUGAAAUACUGAAAUCCUAUGAUUGUUAAGGAUUUUCCACUCCAUUGAAUAAUGCACAUGAUUUGGCUAUGGAGAGGCUGGUGGAAGGAAAUGAAGCUAAAGAGGUUUGUUACUCUGAAGAGCUAUACAGUUCCAAUGAUGAUAGUAGCAAAGUUGCAUUUGGUAUGUGAUAUUCAAAUCAAAGAUGCUCGAGCUAUCAUGGAUUGAUUUCACUGUUGAAUUUGAAAGAAGUUAUUUAUGAUUCUCAACAAAUAAGGACUAUUCUAUGUCCUGUAGAUUUGAGGCUAUUAAUUGAUGAUGCUGGUGCCCACUUUUUGUGUGUCUUAAGAGCUGCAAGAGAUUUUAUAGUUUACUGCACUGAUCUAUAAUUGCAGCUACCUACAGUUAGGUUCAUUAAUCUAUCAUAUCAAUGAAUGUUUCUUUAAUAGGAAAACAUGUUGCAUACUAUAUCUUAAUACUGUGGAAUCACUGAAUACUACUGGGUCUUCUGCUGAAUUGAGAUGAAAUGCACCCAUUAAUGCCCCCACAAAAGCAUAAGCAGUGGCAGAAUUGGUUGUGUACUUGUUAGAAUUAGAAGCACUUUUAGACAUUAAUUUUUUAGGGUAACCAUUUUGUAACUCUUUAUAUGGUAUUGUAGAAACUAAUCUCAUGUGGGCAAAUAUAUAUUUGUCUCUUACAACAUAUAUUUUUGCUUAUGUGCAUGUGACCAGAGAUUAAACUUCUGAUCAAA